GAGGAGACUGAGAGCAUCGGCGAUCUGCAGCAGCUGGACCAGCUCAUCUGGACCAGAACAGACCGGAGACCUGCGGGAGCGACAGACCGACAGAGACAGAGUCUCCCUCUCCGGACCGUGCCGGACCGCGCCGGACCGCUCCGGGCUUCAUGGGGGACAGCAUGGCGGAGGAUACGCGGGUCAUUUACCACCUGGAGGACCAGGAGACCCCCUACCUGAUCCGGAUCAACGUGCCCGCGCAGCGCGUCACACUGGCGGACUUCAAACAGGUCCUGAACAAACCGAACCUCAAGUUCUUCUUCAAGGCGGUGGACGACGACUUCGGGGUGGUGAAGGAGGAGAUCAGCGAUGAUGAUGCCCGGCUGCCCGUCGUGAACGGACGAGUCGUCUGCUGGCUGGUGUCGUCAGAAACCUGUCAGUCGGAUUUCAGGGGAUCAGACGUUCAGUCUGUAGCCACGCCCACCAGCCUGGCCCCGCCCCCCGUGGAGAGGACAGGUGGGAUCGGAGACUCCAGACCGCCGUCCUUCCAUGCUGCAGCUCUGAGUGGUCAGGAUGAAGUUCAGGGGUCAGAGGUCAAACCUGAGGCGUCACCCCCACAGAGAGGAGAGAGAGAGAGCGCCAGAGAUGGCCGUCUGAACGGCCACGCCCACAAGCCGGCUCAGCAGAACGGGGCGGGGCCAACAGGUGGAGGUGACAGCUCGUCAACUCAACAGAGCAGCCAGCUGGAGACGACCAGUUUCUGCUCGUCUGAGGAAGACUCAGGAGGAAGGUUCAGCCAAUCAACCGGGCAGAGCAGCUCCUCGCCACGACUCGUCAGGCGCCAACGCCGCCGCCACCGAAAACCCAAAACACAGCGGAUGGAGAGGUCUGUGUCUUUCAGCAGUGUCACUGACUCCACCAUGUCGCUCAACGUCGUCACUGUGACUCUGAACAUGGAGAGGUAUAACUUCCUGGGGAUCAGUAUUGUUGGUCAGAGUAACGACCGAGGUGAUGGAGGGAUUUAUAUCGGCUCCAUCAUGAAGGGAGGAGCGGUGGCAGCAGACGGACGCAUCGAGCCUGGAGACAUGUUACUGCAGGUGAACGACAUCAACUUUGAGAACAUGACCAAUGACGACGCCGUCCGAGUCCUGAGAGAGAUCGUUCACAAGCCGGGUCCGGUGACGUUAACGGUGGCAAAGUGUUGGGAUCCAAACCCACGAGGCUGCUUCACACUGCCCAGGAGCGAGCCGGUCCGUCCGAUCGACCCCGCUGCCUGGGUGUCGCACACCGCCGCCAUGACAGGGAGGCUCCUCCCACACUACGGUGUGCAUGAAGACCCCCACCUCACCAUCCACAGCGACAUCACAGCUGUAGUCAAGGCGAUGGCCAAUCGUGAGUCAGGCCUGGAGGUCCGGGACCGGAUGUGGCUGAAGAUCACCAUCCCCAACGCCUUCAUCGGUUCUGACGUCGUAGACUGGCUCCACCGGAACGUGGAAGGUUUCACCGACCGCCGUGAAGCUCGCAGGUACGCGGGAAACCUGCUGAAGGCCGGUUACAUCCGACACACCGUCAACAAGGUGACCUUCUCUGAACAGUGCUACUACGUGUUCGGAGACCUGUGUGGAGAUCUGGGUCUGAUGUCUCUGCUGGAUCACGAAGAAGCCUCCAUUCGAGACUGUGACCCGCUGGCUCCGGCUUCCGGCCCCCAGUGGCCCCCAGCCUUCCCGUACCAGUACCCCGUCCCUCACCCCUACAGCUCGCCUCACCCCCUCCACCAGCUGCCGGCCUGGGGGGGAGGAAGAGGAGGAGGAAGUCGGCACAGUGAAGGAAGUCACAGCAGCGGCUCGGACUGCUGCGACGGUCAGAAGGAGGGAGGAGGAGGGAGCGGAUCCGAACCGACCAAACAGGAAGUGGGAGCUUCGCCUGACACUAAGCUGGCGGCACAGUCACCCGGCGAGGACGGCACCCAGCAGCCCCCGACCUCUGGUCUCCGUGGUGACAAAGACUCAGAGGCCUUCCUGCCGGCCCCGUCGCCACCUCGAGGCCAGCGUCGCGACAUUCCACCCUCCCGACAGUCCUUCUCCCUGGCCAUGGGAAACCCUGGCGAUUUCUUUGUGGAUGUAAUGUGACCCUGUGAUGAUGAUGUCACGUCCUGUCAGGUGAUUGAUGAUGUAACCUGCUUGUGUCACAUUUGUAACUUUGAAAAACAAGACCUUUGUACACCGA